AUGUUAGUAGCACCGAUAAGAGGAUAUUGGAUAUUGAAUCCACAAAGAAGUGGAAAGUUUAUAUUUCUCAAGGUCGUUAAUUGGUUUUCACUUUUCAAGCAGGUUGAUAAACUAUACUUGCUUGAUAAGACACAGCGUUUCCGUCCCUUACUGAAACAAAAGUGUCCCUGUUCAAAGUUAGACAAAUUAAAAAGUUUCACUUCUACACAAAGUCAGACGUCGAUUAAUAAGUUGGCUAUCCAGUCAUUCAGACGAUAAGCAAUCCCUUAAUGAAGUGGAUCUUUGAAACUGUUUAAUGAAGAAAAUGUAAUUCAAAUUUUACCAUAUCACUUUAUAUAAACUCGGUUUCCUAUACACCAAUACGUGGUGAAGGGCAUCAUUUAAAAACAAAUAGUAGGUAAACCUUGAGAGAAGAUUAAAACGCCACCUCCUUUGUGUGACUGUUUUUCCAGAAACACAAAAGAGCGAUAUGGUUACCCUACUGUUUCACCUCAUCUUUGAUGGAUGUUGGCAUUAUGCAAGUUCAGUUACUAAUUCGUGUGUUCAUACUUCGAUGUUAUGUUUAACAUUUGUUGAAUAUUCACUAUUACUGUACAAAACAAAAACAUUUUUACCAAACAUAAAUGUUUUUGUAUUUGGUGGCUUACACUAUCCUUUAGCCAGUAAGUACUAGAAAACCACAUUUUAUGUCGUUUGUUGUGCACAUAUGAACUAAACAGACUAAUAGUAAAUAAUAAUUCCAGCAUAGAAUUUUCUCUUGAACAUCUGAUAGUCCAAACCACUCUCUUUCGUAUAUGAUACAUAUUUCAGGUAAAUAUGUAGUUAUACUUUGAAUAUCUAACCAAAUGGUCGUAGUUAUGGUUGUGAGGUUAGAUAGUUGUCCCAGUAUCCGAAAAAGGGAGUAUUGUGGCGUAAAUAAACUUAAAAGUUGCUUUAAUUAUCUGGUUAGCCUGGCUGAUUUAUAGGAUUGUUAUCUAGUGUGACUAAUAAAGAAAAUACAUCCUACUCAUUUUGAGGAAAAAACACCUAUUUGAUCAUUAUAAAUAAAAAACAAUUUCGGUAGUUAGUGUGAUCACGGGCAGUAACUUCUCCCGAAAUAUA